UGAUGACAGGUUAAGCGGCGUUCUUUACGUACUGCCAGUUCACUUGAUAACUACAGUGUCACUCCAACGGGCUGUGGUUCAAGAAGCUUCUUGGCUUGUCCUCGCGAACGAAGAUCAGGAAGGUUUUUCACGCUGGCAUGACCUCUGGUGGCUGAACAGGCCGGUUAAAGAAGCUUAACUGUUUAAAAAAAACGUAGUAGUAACUUGCAAAUCUCGUACGGAUCUUCAGAAAUAUGCUGUGGGAAGCGGUUUUAGUAGUAGUGACGGUCUGGACGGGCCCUUCGGCGGGGUACCCGACGGGCGCGCCACCGGAGCAAUGUCUGACCAUGACGCCGAACCACCACGGUGCCAACGCCUCUACUGCUGCCUCGCCGUACACUCUGGUACCGUCAACUACUACCUACACACCCGGGACACCCAUGUCAGUGAGUGUGCAGGGCGGCGCGUUUAAAGGCAUCCUCCUGCAGGCCCGGCGCGCUACAGACGGUCGGUACGCGGGGACGUUCGCCGACCCCCCGCAAGGGUUCCACGACCUCGCCUGCAACACAUCCGGGGACUCUGUCACCCAUAGCAACCGCGACAACAAGACGGCCGCCAUGUUUGAGUGGAUCCCGCCCAGCCCAGGGGUGGGCGAUGUCGUCUUCAAGGCGACCAUUGUGAAGAGCCACGAGGUCUUCUGGACUGACGUCACUUCCGUAACCGUGAAUGACGUCACCACGGUGCUAGCGACCACCCCGGCAGUUCCGACCUCCGCCCUUGAUGUUGAGUUGCGGCUGACCAGUGAAGACUUCCACUCAGACCUGCUGGACCCGGCAACAGCCCGGCACCAGGUCCUGCAGCUGGCCGUCAGGGGGGAGGUUGACCGCAUCUUUGAGGACCAUCCCCACUACCGAUCGUCACGCGUCAAUCACUUCCGCCAGGGCAGUGUGAUCACGAACGUGACGCUGGACUUUAAGAAGAACCUGACGGAGGAGGAGAAGUACGAGGCGGCUGCGCAGCUGUUCCAGGCCAGCGAGAGCGGAAACCUGGGCUUCACCACAGACAGGGUCACCGUCAACUACGGCGACGGCACGUCGGACACGCUGGAGAGAUGCACGUGCAGCGGCCAGCCCUCGGUCACGUGCACCACCAAAGGAGGCACGUGCGUGCCUACCUGCGUGCUCAACAAGAACUACUGCAACACCGGGACGUGCAGCAGCGACCUCAGCGCCAAAAGGCUGAACUGCAAGUGUCCUUCGAACUUUGUUGGAGACCGGUGCGAUAAUCCUCAGAUAGGCGGUCUGUCGCCCGCUGCGUUUGCGUGCGUUCUUCUGGCGGCGCUUGCGGGGUUCGUGCUGCUGGGUUGCGUCAUCUGCCACCUGUGCUGCGCCGAGAGGUGCGGAAAGGGCGGGAAACACAAGGCGUACAACCAGGGCAAGCCUGCAGCGCAACCAACUCAGACGGCGCAGACGCAGAAGCCGCCGGUGGAGCAGGAGGAGCAGGUGGCGACCGUGGACAUGUCCAAACCCGCCGCGGGGGAUGACGGGACAUACACCAACCCUUCUCUGCCUCGCUCGGAGGCCGGAAGCAUCAUGGAGACCAUCCAGGAGGAGCCGUCAGACGCGUCUCUGAUCACAGAGCCCGGGGGCAUUGCCCGACCGGUCAUCCCCGCUCCGCUUCCCAUGGCGGGAAAACAGCGACCCCUGGCGGCGGAUCCGGGGCAGCAGGAGGCCAUCGAGAACUGGCGCCGUCACGUGGUGCCGAAGGCCGCUCCCCCUACCGCCUCGCUGCAGCCUGAAGCGCCCUCUCACGGCUCCCUCCCGAAACGCAUCCUGGAGACCCCGCGCAUCCCCGAAGCUUCCCCCAUGUUGCCCCUGAAGAAACGCGCGCCUGAUGCGCCCCCUCUCGGCUCCCUGAAGAAUAACAUCUCCGAGGCGCCCCCUAUCGCUUCCCUGCAGAAUCGCAUCCCCGACACUCCCGCCGUGGGCUCACUGCAGAAGCGCAUCGCCGAGGCGCCACCUGCCGACUUUCUGCGGAACCGCAUCCCUGACUCCGCCUCUGACGUCACCGACGAAGUGGCCCAGCUGACUGCCCGCUGGCCUGCCAAAGGAGGGGGCACAAAGUCUCUGGGCCGCCGCCUGCCCGUGCGGGCCCCGGCAGGGACCCGGCCGGCCACCGUCAGGGGCAUUUACAAUCCCGGGUAUUAUGACAACUUCGGGAAUAUCAAGGAAAUGUCCUACAAGAACGCGGAGGAAAUAGCUUGAUCAUGAAUCAGACUCUUAGGAAUAAACGAGCGAAUUAGCAAAAGAACUAGCAUAAAAUUGACUUACAAUAGGUUAAAAUAUAUGAGAAAUGUGACAAAGGCAGGCGGUUAGACCAUAUAAAUCCCUAAAGAACACGCCAUUCCUCUGGAGUAUCUGAGCGCCGAGCGACAAAAUCAGUCAAAAAAUUUCACAAAGAACGAUUUUUGACGUUUUUUUUGUUUUGUUUACAAGUUAGACACAUGUAACACAUUAUGAUGUUUCAUUGAUAUUACAAAUGAGGUCAAACCACAACCGUUCGUUAACUACAAUAGGCGACAAAAUAAAUGGAAAAUCCUCCAAGUCCACUCUGAUACAAUAACUACUUUUCAAUCAUGAAAAAAAGCUAAAACACCUCAGCUACAAGAUAAGGUCAUCAUAAGUUAAACUUUGUACAUACAUACC